AUGGAUCGGAAAUCGACUCGCCAGUCACGCCAAGUGUCUUGUCACUUCUGCAGGGAGCGCAAGCUCAAGUGCAGCCGUUCUUUUCCCUGCUCCAACUGCACAUCCCGUGGAGUUGAAUGCCCCGCCGUCGCCCCUGCUACCGCCAUCCGGCCGACCAGUCACACGAUUCCCGUCGGUAGCCAUGCUGAGAUCCUCAAUAGAUUGGCGCGGCUCGAGUCGCUCCUGGCAGCUCAGCACGAGAAAACGCCCCUGUCGCCACCCGGCUCGGCGUCCAACUUAGUAGGCGGAGGUAGUGAUGUGCCUGCUCCACAGCCGCUCAAGUGGCCACUGUCUACGAAACUACAGACUUUGGUUGAGGACGCCGUGUCAAUACAUUCUCGAUGCCCGGGCUUGGGUUUUCAUACUCUUUCCCCAAACAAUUCAUUUAUUGUUCGCAUUUGCCCCCUUCGCCUCUUCAGGGAACUGCUUCCCGACGACGCCAACUCAUUGCCGACAAAUCAACUCAAAAAGAUCUGGCUGCCUGACCGGAAGGAAGCCAAUGUUCUCAUCAAGAGAUACCUAAAUGGAUUAACUGUCUUUCUCCACGUGACCCAUGGGCCCUCAAUUAAAAAACUGGCAGCUGAAGUAUAUGAUGCGCUCGAAGCAGGAGGUUCUCAUGUCCCGACUGGAUAUCUCCUCCUCCUCCUUGCAAUCUUUGGAAAUGUCAUUCUUCUGUGGACGGCAUGUAGCGAGGAAGAGGAAGCACUGUUCCCCCAUGCCGGAGAGGCUAGUGCGCAGGCGACCUCGUGGAUCAAAGUGGCUUUAGAAGUACUCUACAGCACACAAGCACACAGUGCCCCAUCCCUUGAAUAUGCCCAGGGACUCACCAUCCUGUCCUUCACCAUUCUCAACAUGGACGGCGUUACACCUCGAGGCCUGUCUUUAUUAUUCCAGGCUACGGCAAUAGCACGUGAGCUCGGUCUGCACCGGAUUGACCAUCAAAGACAAGGGUUCCCAUCAAUGCAGUUUCCUGCUAUCACAGGUAUACGGGCUGAGAUCGGACGCCGCGUUUGGUGGUAUCUCGCCUCGGCAGAUUGGCUUCUCUCAAGCAGUUCAAAUGCACAAAGAGGAACAUAUUCCAUUAACCCACUCCACAUGGCCGUCCAAAAACCAAUGAACAUCCACGAUUGGGACAUGGCUGAGGAUGGGAUGACGGCGAAGCCCAUCGAGGUGUUUACGGCCAUGUCAUAUUCGAUAUACCGUAUCCGACUGGCCGAGGAGAUUCGCAUGCUGACUGACAAGUACCCUCUGAUUGCUUUUGACCCCUACGCUGUGGCUUACAGUCAUGUUAUGGAGGCUGAUGCGGCGUUUGAUCGACUACUGUCCAGCCUUCCUCCAUUCUUCCGGGAACAGCCUGGUGAUGUAAACGUGGUAGACCCGGAUAUGGAUCGCGAAACCCAGGGAACCAUGAUGUGGCACAAACACCUGCUGAACCUCUCCAUUAAUGGACAACGGAUCAAGCUUCAUCUUCCGUAUCUGGCUCGAGGAGCAGCAGAGCCAGAGUAUGCACAAUCUCACAGGAUCUCUAUCGAGACCGCCUGGAAGGUAAUUAAUAGUGAAUACAAAUUGCGACGGGAGAAUUCCACUUUCACCUCACCACGCUUCAAGCUAGGGGUAGUCAUGUACGGCUUUUUCCUUUCUGUGGCUGUACUUGUCCUUGACAUGUGCCUGGCCACUGACGAGGCUGAGCGAGAGGCCAAAAAACAGCAGACGCAGCCGGCUUGGAUGAUUUUGCUGGAGGCACAAUCUGAGUCAAGUAUUGUUGGCCCUGCGGUCGAGCUCCUAACCUUCAUCAUGCAGAAGCAUAAUGUUGGUUUUGACACGAUGGCGAUUUUGCCACCCCAAGCGAUCACGGUUCCUGGACAAGAGACCACAGGCCAGAAUACGCCACAUGCUAACUGGGAAGGACAUGUAUUUCAAAGUACGGAACCGCACCAAAUAGGCGAGAGCACGAUGGAGAGAGAUGCGGACGCGGUGGAUACGUACUUCAAUAUGCUUUGGAUGCUUGAAAAGCCAUUCAUAUGA